AUGGAAAGUCCAGAGAGGCCUCCAGGGGCCACUGGAGAUCCAGAAAUCAUAGGACCUGGAUCUGGGGUUGAUUCAUCGACACCCUCCCAGGAACCGUCACAGCUACCUCCAACUACCCGUGCACUGUUUGCAGGACUUGGAGACUGUCAGAAACAGUCCAAUGAACCUACUUUGAGCAACAGCGACGCUCUACAAGCGCCACGACAGACUGGAGAAACCCAACAAGCCCCAGGAAUGAUCCUCGAGAAAAGGAAGGCCUCAAGGCUGACUAUAGGAUCCCGGACUCCUAUAACUAGGUCUGGAUUGAGCGCGGCUCCGAAGAGGAAGAUUACACUUACCGCAAUGCGUGCAGCGAGUGCUCCUGCAGAGGAUAGCCUCGUGAUGGGCCUGAUCGAGGACCUCAACGGCCAUCUGCAAGAAGCGGUCCACCACCUCUCCGCGGAGCUGACGACUGCCAGAAACGUAAUCAAUACCCAACAGGGCCUCAUUACUACUCUCAACGCUAGGCUAGAGAGCCUUGAAACUUACGUGAACGCGCUACAAAGCCGUCAGAUCCUACCACUCGACCCCUUCGCUGCAACGCGUGAGGUUGCGGCGCACGGGCCACCGCCAAGAGCUGCUUCCACGGGAGGCUUAGCGUCCACCCCAAUACAGCUAGAUGCCGCGCCUGAGAGCCGCGCGAUAAACUCAACCGCACCUCAGCCUCCACCGCGAUAUCAGAAUCCAACAAAGGCUACGAAGCAAGCCAUACAGCCACCUGAGGGCCCUAAAAAGCCCGCACCUACGAAAUGGGCCGCUAUUGCCGCGAAUAACACUCAAUCUGGAGGAUGGAAAACCGUCCAGUAUAAGAAACAAGCCUUGGCACCCUCGAAGGCUCUGUCAACAACUAAUUUGAAGCCCGUAAGUACCCGGAGUAAGGAGGAGAGGCGCCUAAUCUUUAGACGACGAUAUCCUAAAGAUGCUCCUACUGCAUUGAAAGCCGAUAUCCUCUUAGCCCUUAACCGUGCCCUUGCUAAGGCAGGUUUUCCUGACUUUGUAAGAGCAGUCGAUUCUGGAUACGCGGCCUCAGGGGCCUUAACAGUGCUCCUAGAGCGAGGCACUCGCAGCAGCACCCUCGUGCCCGUCUACAACGAUACUCUACUAGCCGCUGUAAGGCAAACAGAUGCAGCAGUUAUUUCCGUGGAGAUUAGCGAACAGUGGCACCGUGUUAAGGUACAGGCAGUGCCUGUGGACCGCUACAUGUAUAAUGACCAAGGCCUAGCACUAGCCCAAGAAGAGAUUGAGCUGGGAACACCAUAUAGGCUUAAACGAGAGCCAACGUGGCUCAAAAGAGCCAAGACUAUACAGGCUAGCAACCAGAGAUUUGCCACGAUUGUGAUCACAGUAGGUUCUUUGGAGGAAGCUCGAACACUAAUCAAUAAAGGCAUCAAGUUUGGAGGCCGACACCAUCGAGUAGCACCUUAUUGGGAGUCAAAUCCUGAGAGUAUCUGCCCUCGAUGCUGCGGAAUUGGCCACUCUGGCUUCAUAGCUUGUGGUGGCAGGUCUCCUAAAUGCGCGAUCUGCGCAGGUGAUCAUGAGGCAAUAGAGCACUCAUGUACAGUAGUGGAUUGUAGGGUUGGGCCAGCUAAACCUUGCAAACACACAGUGAUCAAGUGCGCUAACUGUAAAGGUGCACACGAGGCUACAUCUCCUAAGUGCCCUAAAGCUAGGGAGGCUCGUCAAAGGGCUAUCCGGAGAAUGAGGGAACAAUCCUUACAAGACCUCAUCCCAUUAGAUGAGACAUUCGCAGUAGUGCCUCCAAAACCAGUACUGACCUCGGAGGAGAGAUCUGGACAGUCUCUAGAGGAGGAGACGUCAACUCCAGAAGAAGAUGAAUUGCUGCCUGAGAUGCAAUUAGAGGCUGACAUUCAUGAGAGAAAUAGCCAACAACCACUAGAGCCAGAGCUCAAGUCAGCCACCGAAGCGCCUCAAAGUGCACGUCAUACAUACUCAGGAGAGAGCCUACUUACAAGAAGAGCCCUCACGGAUCUUGAUUGGGGACCAAUUCUAGAGGGUCGAUGCCUCAUUCUUGGAGACUUCAACGCCCACAGCCCGAUGUGGAAUGUCCAUAUCGACCAGAGGGUUAACGCAAGAUCCCUCGAGGAUCUAAUAAUGAGGCAUGACCUCUUUAUUAAUAACGACCCUGACGAGCCAACAAGGCCUCAUAAGCCUAGAGAUUCUACAGCAUCAUUUGAAACAUCUACUGAGCCUAGGGUCUCAAUUAUUGAUCUCACAAUCAGUAGUCAAGCCCUUGGCCCUCUAUCUGGAUGGGAAAUCGAAAGCCAGAGGCUCACACCAUCAGAUCACGUUAUGAUUUGGGCUAGCUGGGAACCUCCGACAACUGCAAGUACAGAGCCCACAAGGAAAGAAGUCACAGGGUGGCAGAUAGAGGCUCUACUAGGAGACAAAAAGGCUCUGCAGGAGGCAAAAGACACCUGGAACGAACUAGCAAAGACUCAACCAAUACUAACAGACACAACCUCAACAGAGGAAGUGAAACGUGAAGCAGAGUGGAUUGAGAGAGCGUUGACAGAGGUCCUGAACAAGCACUGCAAAUAG